GUUUCCCCAUUUUUGAUACUAACGCUCGGCGUUUGAACAGAGUGGCCUUUCACAGCACGGCAGAAAACCCUGGUGGCCGUCACUGCGGUUCAGGACGGAGACGCCCAGGAGCUGGGUGCGCAGCGUCCCCGCGGGACCCCACACUCCGGGCAAGGCCACCUGCACCCCGGACACCCGAGGUUACAGUCACGGGCUUCUCGACUUUGACGCAGAGCAGGGGGGCGGCCCUGACCGGCCGGGGAGGUUUGGCCUUGAGAUCUGAGUAGACUCCACAAGGGCUGGGGGCGCGGCGGGGCGGGGCAGCCGCUCGGAUAUCAGGGGUGCCGCCGGCGGGGCCCCAGCCCUGCAGCAUGGACCCCGCCGAGCGCACCGUGGUGCUCAUCACCGGCUGCUCCUCCGGCAUCGGCCUGCGCCUGGCCGUCCGCCUGGCCGCGGACCCGUCCGGGAACUUCAAAGUGUACGCUACCAUGCGGGACCUGGCGGCGCAGGGAGCGCUGUGGGAGGCGGCCCGGGCCCGGCGCUGCCCGCCCGGGGCCCUGGAAGCGCUGCAGCUGGACGUGAGGGACUCGGACUCGGUGGCCGCUGCCCGGGCACGCGUGAUCGAGGGCCGCGUGGAUCCCCCAGUGUGCAACGCGGGCCGCGGGCUGCUCGGGCCGCUGGAGGCGCACGAGCUGGGCGCCGUGGGCUCUGUGCUGGACGUGAACGUGGUCGGGACCGUGCGGACGGUCCAGGCCUUCCUGCCGGACAUGAAGCGGCGCGGCUCGGGCCGCGUGCUGGUGACCGGGAGCGUGGGCGGCCUGAUGGGGUUGCCUUUCAACGCCAUCUACUGUGCCAGCAAGUUCGCGCUCGAGGGUUUGUGCGAGAGCCUGGCGGUCUUGCUGCUGCCCUUCGGGGUCCACGUAAGCCUCAUCGAGUGCGGCCCGGUGCACACCGCCUUCUACGAGAAGCUGGAGGGCGGCCUGGGCGGGGCGCUGGACCGCACGGACGCCCGCACGCGCCAGCUCUUCUCGCUGUACCAGCGCCACUGCGAGCAGGUGGCGCGCGAGGCGCAGGACCCGGAGGAGGUGGCGGAGGUCUUCCUGGCCGCCCUGCGCGCCCCGCAGCCCGCCCUGCGCUACUUCUGCACAGAGCGCUUCCUGCCUCUCGCGCGCCUGCGCGUGGAGGACCCGAGCGGCCGCAGCUACGUGGCCGCCAUGCACCGCGCGGUGUUCGCCGCCGACCCCGGGGCCGCGGAGCCGGGCGCCGCCCCCGGGGAAGGCUGCGCGCGCCUCUGAUGGAUCUCCAGUGUGGUCUGGCUGCCGGGCUGCCGCGAGGCCUGAGAUAAUAAAGCCGCAGUUACUGUUA